GUUAUAUUUAAUUUUUGAAACAGUUCAAAAGGCAUCAAAAUUGUCCUCCAAAAUAUUUCUCAAAAUUCCUUCAUUCCAAAUCAGUAUAUCAAAGAAUCGGAAUUCAUCAUGUCAGAUAGCCCAGAGAAAAAUUACGAAAAAAAUCCCUUUGCAAUACCAGAACCUUAUUACUUACCAGGUUAUACCGGUCACUGUCCAAGCUAUCAAGAUGUCAUAGGUCAGACUUACGGCAGAGCUACCCAUAGUGUAUUAGAGAACCUUCCAUCACCGCCUGCCCGUCUGAAGCCUCUAACCUCGAUACUGCAGAAUGCAGCUGAAGAUGAAGAUCUCGAAUUAAUAUCUGAGAGAAAGCAAGAUCGCAAAACAAUUUUAUCUACAGAUAUAGCUCCGGGUUACAAAGGCCACAUCCCGCGGGCUUCUUAUCUGAUAGGAAUGAACUUCAAUCAAAGCUGCAUCCGAGGUCUUGCUGAGUUCGAAAAAAAGCAGAAAAGACUACAGGAGCUUUUGUCGCAAUCUCUUCCGAGAAAUAAUGGAUAAGAGAAUUUCGGAAAAUAAAUAUUACUCUUAAUUUAAUUACAUGAAAUACUAAUUUAGCUUCCAUUAAACUUGAU